CGGGACCAAGCGUCGCAUUUCGCAUAAGGAGAAGGUCCGGUGGAGGAUUCCCGGAGUGACGAUGGCUACGUACAGCCUGGCGAACGAGCGACUACGCGCCCUGGAAGACAUCGAACGGGAAAUCGGCGCCAUCCUUCAGAACGCAGGUACCGUGAUCCUAGAAUUGUCCAAGGAAAAAACCAAUGAGCGGCUCCUAGACCGGCAGGCGGCAGCCUUCACCGCUUCGGUGCAACACGUGGAGGCGGAGCUAUCAGCUCAGAUCCGCUACCUUACCCAGCUAGCUGGUGGCAUAACAGAUUCCAACUUGGGGAAGAACUGAGACGAGAGACCUGAUACCUAGUUGGGGUAAGGGUAGAAGAGGCAGCGCUCCAUUGAUUCGUCUAACUGUCCUGUAGGUGGCUACAGGGCAGCCCCAUGAAGGCUCUAGCUACUCUUCGAGGAAGGACUGUCAGAUGGCUCUGAAACGAGUGGACUAUGCCCGCCUCAAGCUCAGUGAUGUGGCCCGAACCUGUGAGCAGAUGCUGGAGAACUAGGCCAAGGAGGUAGAUAAAAAACUUGGAGGAAGACCCCCCCACCUGCACCAUGGGACAGAAGCUGGGAACCUGUAGGAUGGGGAGCAUGGGCAGACACGUGUGUGUCCUGCUGGUUAUCGUAUACAGGAACAAAGGGCAAAAGGUAGGAAUGGAGAAACUAAAGUCCAAGCCUGCCCACAGCUAUGUCCUGACUUCUCCAGCAGGGUGCUCCUGCUCUGCACUCCAUAAACAUGCUGACAGGCUCAGACAGGAGAUGAAGAUUCAGACACUUAACUCACUUCCUCAUACACUUCAUGCCCCUGUCCCAGGCUUUCUGCAGAUGUUGCCCAAUGAAGAUACAUUCUUCUUCGUUGGAAGAGACAAAACAAGAAUUAAGGGUUUUAAUAAUAAAAGCAGUAAGAAUAAAAACAA